UGUGAAAACAAUAUGGCAGAAAAUGAUCCGCCGGCAGCAGCCGCGCUUUUUUCGGCGCCCGAGAUCGGGACACGCAAGCUGGGACCACGCUGUUUCUCCGAGGCAGAUGGAGAUGCUGCUGGAUUUUGUGAACGAGCACCCAUACCUGGUAAACGGCUUCAAGGAGAAGACAAAGCAAGUAGAGCCGUGGGAGCGCGAACAGCUCUGGGAGGAAGCGGCCUCCAAACUCAACGCCAAAGGACCAGCAGUGAAAACACGUUACGCCUGGCGAAAGUUUUGGUCCGGCCGGGCGCCGCAAAUCAAGAGGACGGUAGCGCGGGUCGCCAAAAUGAGGGAGGAGAGCAAGAUGCCCCCACGGCCCCCUCCGCCUCAGCCACAGCGGCCAGAAGCUGGUCAAAUCCUUCUGCUGGUCAAGCAAGACGGUAGUGCAGCCAGUGGGGGACGGCUCCUGCUGCCAAGGCCAUUGCCUCAACCUCCUCCUCCUCCUCAGCAGCAGGUCCUCCUCCAUGUGGGAGAUCCGACCACCAUGUUCAUGGCCACUGACUGCCCAACCAUGACUUCAACAGCGAUGCCUACGGAAGUUGCAACACCACGAGGGGCCGCACUGCAGCAGCCGGUUGUCGGAAGAGGUGGCCUGCUGUUGGAACAACCAACAUCGGCCAAAGCCACUAAUCUUCAGAAGCCUCCUUUGCUGCAGCAGCAGCACGUGCUAGCCAAUGGGCAGCCUCCGCCAGAUCCCGACAGUAUCCCAGUGCUUGAGCCGAUUACAGCAGAGGAGCACUUUCAUGCAGAGAUGCUGCAUCAGACUAUCAAGCAAACAGCACUGCUACAGGACAUGCUGAGUGCCCAGCAGCGGAUCGCUCAGGCGGCUGAGCGACAGGCACAGGCUGCGGAGGAACAGAGCCACGCGCUAUCACAGCUGGCACUUUUUCUAAUUGAAAAUCAUCGUUCAAACAAAAACAGUGGUGCGAACCUCUCCUCGUCGGGGGUGGAUGACUGUUCUUGUUCAGAGUCUGCCACAACGCUCUCCAUCACUCCAGAGAUCUUGCAAGUGGAACACUCGACGUAAACUGUGUUCUGAACACCAUCGCCAUGACACGAACAAGCUCGCAGCUGUCUCAUUGUGAUGUGCUGCUGUGCAGUGCCAGUGUGUGCCUGUUGUCUGACCCCAUAUGCCAAGUGACAGUUGUGGCAAUAGCAUCUGUAUAACUUAGUUGAAUCACUUGUGUUAUCAGAGAGGUAGCACAUUACUAUGAUGGACCUCAUGUGUGAGGCUUGCAAAAUGAACUCAGUUUCUGUUAUUGAGCCACAGUUGAUUCUGUUAAGACUGUCAUGUGUUAAUGAUUUGAUCAGUUGGUCUGCUCUGAUCAGUUGAUCUGUUUGAUUGCUUGAUCGACCGAUUGAUCUGCUAUGUUACUGGGACAUGAGCGAGGAGUGCUAAAUUGGUUAGAAAAUGUAUUCUUCAUUUUGAUGUGGUGUAAAAAAAGACUGUCAUGUGUUAAUGGUUUGAUCAAUUGGUCUGCUAUGAUCGGUCAUCUGUUUGAUUGCUUGAUCGACUGGUUGGUCUGCUAUGUUAAAGGGACAUGAAUGAGCAGUGCUAACUUGGUUGGAAAAUGUAUUCUUCACAUUGAUGUGGUGCAAACAAUUUAAAAGCAGGGUCUUUCUUUUUUUUUAUUUUAUACCCGAGAGAACGUUCCUGUUUGGACCAUUUAUCUUGAUAAUCAUUGUACGGGCACCUUAAGGUCCAUUUGUGUCACACUUCCUUCAAUACAUGUUGAGGCAUCCUGUGACUUGGGAGCUGCGACGAUACAAAAAGGGUGUUGUUUGCCCGGUGCAUCCCUGUUGUAGGAGGUUACCUGUUGAACUUUUCAGGCACACUGCAGUUCAGAUACUGGCAGCAUAGAACAUUUCUUUUUGACACGAGUAAUUAAUCUUAGGCACAAAGCGAAAA